ACAUAGACGCUCGAAAGAAAAAAAACCGAAAUUUUUAAACAAAAAUUCUUUUUAUAAGUAAACUAAAACAGUAAUUCAAGCUAAAAUGGUCGUUAAAUUCGAUACACAAAAAACCAAACAUCAACUCUUCCACCUAUCCAUCAGUUUGGGGGUAAUAUUGAUCUGUAUGACCUACAUGCAAUACCGCAGAAAUUGGACGCACCUUGGAAAUUUUUGGGACUCACUCAUAAUACCCAUUGUAUUCACGGGUGAAAUGCUAAAGGUAAUACUGUGCUGCUUUUACGGGCGUCAUGAUGAUCCUGUGCUGACACAAAAGCAGAAACAAAAAAAGGCUGCAUAUUUUACACCCAAAGACUUGGCGAGCGGUUUGCUGAUGCAAUUUUUGUGUACACUGUUGUAUGCGUUUGUGUGUAUCAUUUUGGGAGCGCCCGUUUUACAAAAUUACGAACAAACCUUUGUGCUUUCGUUGCUGUUGACGCUGCUGUCGGUGUCUCCCACGGUGUUUUUGUUGGGCGGUGGUGGUGCCUUGCAGGUGUGCUUCUGCGAAAAACCAGAUUUUCUAACAAAAAGUGAAGAGACUGCUUUGGAUUUGUUCAAGUAUAAUGCUCUCGGUGGUAUUUUGGGUGCCUGGGCUGGAUCGAUUGUUUCACCCUUGGAUUGGGAUCGUGAUUGGCAAGCCUAUCCCAUACCCAAUGUUGUGGGAGCAUUACUAGGCAGUGCUUUGGGUAAUAUAUAUGCCUGUUCUUGUGUUUUGUAUGCCACUGGUAAGGUGUAUAUGAAUAAAAAACGCUCUUAAAAUGUAGAAAGUUGUUUUUUAUUUAUACAUACGUUUUUUUUUUAAUUAAUCUAGUCACAUUAACCAAAAUUCUUAUUUAUUAAGUACACAAAACAAAAUUUAAUAAAAAAAAAUCUAAAUCAACAUAGAA